GGAAGUGUAGCGUUUAGGCGUGGCUACACGGAUCUGCCCGCGAAGUUCCAAUAAGCCGACUGCGGAGCACGCGGGAUCCGUGUCUUUACAGUUGUUUGGUACCGGAUUUUGAAAGGCAGCCCCACCGAGACAAGGAAUUCUUACAGAGGGAAACCUGCUGCCACAUGCUGCCAACACUUACCUGGAGUGGCUGAAACACUGAGAUGAUCAGAGGGGUUUGUCUCACAGACCCAAACAGCCUGCAUCUUGGCCUACCACCGUGUCUUCCUCAGUAUAGGCUGAUAUGCCCAGGGUAGUCCUGAAUGGUGUGACAGUGGAUUUUCCUUUCCAGCCCUACCCAUGCCAACAGGAAUAUAUGACCAAGGUGCUAGAAUGUCUCCAGAAGAAAGUGAAUGGCAUCCUGGAGAGCCCCACGGGCACUGGGAAGACACUGUGCCUCCUCUGUUCCACCUUGGCCUGGCAGCAACAUCUCCGAGAUGCAGUUUCUUCCCUAAAGAUUGCUGAGAGAGUUCAAGGGGAACUCUUUGCCAGUCGGACCUUGUCAUCCUGGGGGAGUGCUGCUGCUGCCAGUGGAGACUCAAUAGAGUGCUACACAGAUAUCCCAAAGAUCAUCUAUGCUUCUAGAACGCACUCCCAGCUAACUCAGGUCAUCCGUGAGCUUCGGAAUACCACCUACCGGCCCAAGGUAUGUGUGCUGGGCUCCCGGGAGCAGCUGUGUAUUCAUCCUGAAGUGAAGAAGCAGGAGAGUAAUCACAUGCAGAUCAGUUUGUGCCGCAAGAAGGUAGCAAGUCGCUCCUGUCAUUUCUACAACAAUGUGGAAGCGAAAUGCCUGGAGCAAGAUUUGGCUACCUCCAUCCUGGAUAUUGAGGACCUUGUCAAGAAUGGAAGCAAACAAAAAAUGUGCCCAUACUACCUUUCUCGAAACAUGAAACAGCAAGCCGACAUCAUCUUUAUGCCAUACAAUUACCUGUUGGAUGCUAAGAGUCGUAAGGCGCACAGCAUUGACCUGAAGGGAACAGUUGUGAUCUUUGAUGAAGCUCACAAUGUGGAGAAGAUAUGUGAGGAGUCAGCCUCCUUUGACUUGACUCCCCGUGAUGUGGCUUCAGGACUGGAGAUUAUCAACCAGGUUUUGGAGGAACAAGCCCGGGUGACUCAGCAGGGUGAACUCCAACAGGAGUUCAUUGUAGACACGUCCAGCUCAGUUCAGAGGUUUAGCCCAUGGAAUGGCUCUACUUACCCUUUCAAUUAACCCAACCUCGAAGCCCCUUCACACCCGGCAUGACCAGAGAUUUUUGUCUCAUAACUUAUUCUGGAGACUAUCAGGACUCAACAUGGAGCUGGAAGACAUUGCAAAACUAAAGAUGAUCCUGCUUCGCCUGGAGGAGGCUAUUGAUGCUAUUCAGCUGCCUGGGGAUGACAGAGGCGUCACCAAACCUGGAAGCUACAUCUUCGAGCUGUUUGCUGAAGCCCAAAUAACAUUUCAAACCAAAGGCUGCAUUUUGGAAUCACUGGACCAGAUAAUCCAGCACCUGGCAGGCCGUACUGGUGUGUUCACCAACACGGCUGGGUUGCAGAAGCUCAUGGACAUUAUCCAGAUUGUGUUCAGCGUGGACCCUCCGGAAGGCAGCCCUGGUUCUCUGGUGGGGCUGGGUGUCUCACAUUCCUAUAAGGUACACAUACACCCUGAAACCAGCCACCGGAGAGCAGCUAAGCGGUCAGAUGCCUGGAGUACCACUGCAUCCAGGAAACAAGGGAAGGUGCUGAGCUAUUGGUGCUUCAGUCCCAGCCAGAGUAUGCGGGAACUGGUCUGCCAAGGAGUCCGUACCCUUAUCCUCACCAGCGGUACCCUGGCUCCACUGUCUUCCUUUGCUCUGGAGAUGCAGAUUCCAUUCCCAGUCUGUCUGGAGAAUCCACACAUCAUUGACAAGAACCAGCUCUGGGUGGGGGUUGUCCCCAGAGGCCCUGAUGGUGUUCAGCUAAGCUCUGCCUAUGACAAAAGGUUUUCUGAAGAGUGCUUAUCUUCCCUGGGGAAGGCUCUGAGCAACAUUGCUCGCGUGGUACCCCAUGGGCUUCUGGUCUUCUUCCCUUCCUACCCUGUCAUGGAGAAAAGCCUGGAGUUCUGGCAGGUACAAGGAUUGGCCAAGAAGGUAGAGGCACUAAAGCCUCUGUUCGUGGAACCCAGGAACAAAGGCAGCUUCUCAGAGGUCAUCGAUGCCUACUACCAGCAAGUUGCCUCCCCUGCGUCUAAUGGGGCCACCUUCUUAGCAGUGUGUCGGGGAAAGGCCAGUGAAGGGCUGGACUUCUCAGACAUGAAUGGUCGUGGUGUGAUUGUCACGGGCCUCCCAUAUCCCCCACGCAUGGAUCCCCGUGUUGUCCUCAAGAUGCAGUUCUUGGAUGAGAUGAGAGGCCGGAGUGGGGUUGGAGGCCAGUGCCUCUCUGGGCAGGAAUGGUACCAGCAGCAAGCAUCCAGGGCUGUGAACCAGGCUAUUGGGAGGGUUAUCCGACACCGCCAUGACUAUGGGGCCAUCUUCCUGUGUGACCACAGGUUCGCCUAUGCUGACACCAGNGCCCAGCUGCCCUCCUGGGUGCGCCCCUACCUUAAGGUGUAUGACAACUUCGGCCAUGUCAUCCGAGAUGUGGCCCAGUUCUUCCGUGUUGCUCAGAAAACUAUGCCUUUGCCAGUUCCUCAGGCUGUGACCUCAAGUGUGAGUGAGGGAGAAAUUGCUCUCAAGGAUGCUACAUUGUCCAGCUACUCCCUCUCUACCAGGAAAGCCAUGAGUUUGGAUGUGCAUGUGCCCAGCCUGAGGCGGAAGCCCAUAGGAUUACCAGCUGCUGGAGACUCUGAGAGCAGCCUNUGUGUGGAGUAUGAGCAGCAGACAUUUUCUGCCCAGCAGAGACCCAUGGGACUGCUAGCUGCCUUAGAAUACAAUGAGCAGAAGGCUGGGGCAUCUGAGGAGCAGGCACUGGGCUCCUCCACCCCAUCUCUCCGGUGCGAGAAGAGGCUGUCUACUGAGCAAAAAGGAGGAAGGAAGAAAGUCAGGCUGGUCAACCAUCCAGAGGAACCAAUGGCUGGCACACAGGCAGGCAGAGCCAAGAUGUUCAUGGUGGCUGUGAAGCAAGCACUGAGCCAAGCUAACUUUGACACCUUUACCCAGGCCCUGCAGCACUAUAAGAGUUCUGAUGACUUUGAAGCCCUAGUGGCCUCUCUCACCUGCCUCUUUGCUGAAGACCNCAAGAAACACACCCUGCUUAAAGGUUUCUACCAGUUUGUUCGACCCCACCACAAGCAGCAGUUUGAGGACAUCUGCUUCCAGCUAACAGGCCAACGAUGUGGCUACCAGCCAGGAGACACCAGCCAUUGUCCAAAAGUGGGAUGUGCAGUAGAAAAACCUGGCCAGCCUGCUGUGAGUGACUACCUAUCUGAUGUCCACAAGGCUCUGGGAUCUGCAAGCUGCAACCAGCUUACNGCAGCUCUGAGGGCAUACAAACAGGAUGAUGACCUGGACAAGGUGGUGGCUGUGGUGGCAGCACUGACCACUGCAAAACCUGAACACUUGCCCUUGCUACAGAGAUUUGGCAUGUUUGUGCGUCGGCAUCAUAAGCCUCAGUUCCUACAGACUUGUGCAGACCUAAUGGGCCUGCCUACCACAGUCAAAGACUUGGAGCUCGCAGGUCCCAGGGAUGAGAGCCCAACUGUGCCUCCUGAGCUUACCCACGAGGACCUGAAACCAGGGCCCUCGAUGUCCAAGAAACCUGAGAAGACCCAGAGUAAGAUCUCAUCCUUCUUUAGACAGAGGCCAGACGAGAGUGUGAGGUCUGAUGAUACCACCCCAAAGCCCAUGCAACUUCCUCCUAGACUACCCCAUGAGCUUAUGAAGCCUCANUGGAGUAAGCAAUAGGGGCUACAGUGAAUGUUGGUUAUGGUAGGGCACUGGACAGUGUGCUCACUUAGACCUCCUGCAACAGAAUUUGUAUGCCCGGCCUGUGCAACUGAGGAUACAGUGCUUUUCCAGUGCCCCUCCUGUGACUUCUACCGCUGUUGGGCCUGUUGGAAACUUCAACUCCAGGUUGGGGUCUAACCCUCUCCAGCCCAUCAGGCAUCUCUCCAGGUGGUGGGGGCUAAGGGAGCAGUGCCUAGCUUCAGUGCCUAGCAGGUAUCUCCACAGGCCUCUAGACUGUGUCCAGCUUGUGGUGCUGUUAACAGGAAGCAGAGCAUUACACAGGUCAUCUGGCCGAAGCCCCAGUGAAGACAGAUGGAGCCCUUUGCUUGCCCUGAUGUGGCUAAACCCACUGCAGGUCUCAUGNUUGGCUGUCCAAUGAGAUCUGAUUCUACUUGUGAAGUUCUGAAACCUCAAAUAGCCUAUAUUGGCAUUGCACAUGUACCACUGAAGGUGUAGGCUGUUCAAUAAAACUAAGUUAUCAGGA